AUGCGGAUAGACGUUCAGAUCAUGCUGCUAAUCAUUGUUUUGUCCUCGCUCCAGGCAUCCGCCACCGGCACUGGUCACUAUCGAACGCGCCGGAAGCACAUGCAACCGGAGGAUACGGACCUCAUGAAGUCCUUCGCUGGUGCAGGGGGCGGAUCGGCAGUUUCUUGCGAUUCGAGUGGCUCCCAGCCAAAGAAGCAGCUGCGACAUCAAGGUAAUGCCAAGCAGAGAUCCUCCGGCAUCGCCGUUCAGGCCGCCAACGAAGCCAAGAAGGCCAACGAGGACAUGGCCUCGGCCGUCAAGGUGGCCGCCGAUAAGAUCAAAAACGAAUAUGCCGACAAGGCAUCCGCCGCCGCGAAAGCAGCCGAGGCUGUGCUGGCCGGAAAGGGUCAGGUGCUGGAGCAACUGGAGGCGGAGGUGCGGGAGGCCGAGAUGGUGGUGCAGGAGGAGAACCAGGAGCUGAUCACGGCCGAGGCGAAUGCCCAGCUGGCCAACAAGGCGCACAAUCUGGGACAGCAGGAGCUGAAGACGCUGACCAUAAGCCACAAGCUGGCUAAGGAUAACCGGGACACCUCGGAACAAGUAUACGCCGUGUGGCAACAGUCGCUGAGCGACAAAUCCGCGCUCUUGGAGGCCGCCCAGCGAAGGGUCAAUGUGCUGAUGCGGCAACUGAGCGACGCUCGGAUAGAUUUCGAGAAGACCAAGAAGGCGGCCCUCAAAGCAGCCAGAGCCGCCCAGGAAGCCAAGCAGCGGAUCGAGCACUCGGAAUCAUCCGAUUCCGCCGAUUCCUGCAGCGCAAGAAGCCGACGCGCCUGGCGGCAGUACAAAGAGAUCCACUGA